AUGCCUCCCCGUGGCAAUGAGGGCUUUGAUUUCACUCCAAUCGUCACUCAUUAUCUAUUUCUUUUGACCACUGUUCUUGCUGUCUUGUCAUGGUUUAUUGCGUUCAUCGGUCAGGCCAUAUCUGAAGCUCAAGCCCGAGGGAGCGUAAAUGUACUGUGGUUCGCAAUCUUCCUCCAGCUAUUCUUCAUUGCGGGUGUUCUGUACACCCUCGCAACCGACUCUAUUGCCAUGCACCGUCUUCAAAUAUCCGUCUUUGGCGCUAUUGCAGUUGUCUUCGCCGUUCAAGGUGUUCAAGCUGGUAUCUAUAGCAGUCUCGGUGCUCUUGAAGCAAUGUCCGUCGGCUGGCUCAUCCUCUCAAUGGUCGACAUUAUAUGGCUUCUGUACUUCACAUCCGAAGACGAUUCAUUGUUCCUUCACAUCUUCAACUACUUGGGCACUGGCGGCCUAACACCUCCUUCUCGUCGUCGUCGAGUUCGUCCACAGUCGUCUAUGCAUAAUAUGUCUACAAACAAUGGUUACGCGACAGGCGGUUACGCCUCAGGAGGUGGAAUAUCUUCCAAAGAUAUGAAUUAUGGAAAUACAAUAAGUGGUCCUGGUAUGGUUGGUGGCGGAUUGAGCCCCGGAAUGGGUGCUAUGAGCCCGGGGGUUAGGAGCCAGAACAGUUUUGGUGGCGGUAGUACCGCUGAUGCGGCUACAAGGAGUCUCGGAGCUGUAAGCACUCACAAUGCCCCUACAAGCGGUGGUGCUGCGUCGAUGACCGACGCGCCAGGACCAGGAUCCCCGUUGAUGGCAGGUGUGGGUACUGGCGUUCAGCCUGGAGCACCCUUACCCGAACAAUCGUCUUCCCCAGGAGCAGAAACGGUUACCUAUAAAGCCAAAGCGCUAUAUGCGUACACCGCGUCGCCUGAUGAUCCAAAUGAGAUAUCUUUCACCAAAAAUGAGAUCUUGGAUAUCGUGGACAAGCAAGGAAAAUGGUGGCAUGCGAGAAAAGGUGAUGGAGCUGCCGGAAUUGCGCCGUCCAAUUAUCUGCAAAUCAUAUAA